UCGGAUGGUCCCGGAGGCAUGUGCUAUUCCAUCAAGGCUCCCGAAAGGCAGUCUGAGCCAACAUCCCAAGCAGGGGAACUUAGAGCUUGAUAGAAGUUGAGAUGCGGUUCACCAGAAGUGUAUACCAUCAGGAAAACUGGGAAGACGUUUAGCCAAGCAUCCAAGAAACGAGGCUGCUUGGCGUGGGCCCGACACCUGGGGAGAGCUUCCCAGCUCUUUCCUCUUCACCAUCGACCUCCACCUUAAAUAGACAAGCGAACCAACGCAGCAGUCCAAUCAUGGCCCGGGGACAGCAUGGAAGCCAUGGCAAUGGGGAGAAUGCACCUUUGCUGUCUACACACAACUCGAGCCACCGCGUAACUCACACAUUCGCUGACGGCAUCGCUCAUGAAGGCGAGAGUGGACGACAUGGCUUUCAUCCUGCACAAUUCCUCUCCAUCGUUGCACGCUCCUCGAGCCGUGUCUCGGCGGCCGUCAAUCUUCUCUGGCCAUUCGUGAUCGUGGCCAUCGUGCUCAACUAUGUUACCGACGCCCAUCUCUGGAUCUUCGCAACAUCGUAUCUGGCCAUGAUACCCGCUGCGAACCUGCUCGGUUUCGCAGGACAGGAGUUCGCUAGGAAAAUGCCAAAAGUGGCGGGUAUCCUCAUCGAAACGACAUUUGGGUCCAUUGUCGAGAUCGCGCUCUUCGUUAUCUUAAUCGUCAAGCACGAACCACAAGAUGGAGAAGGAGAGGGCAAUGGAGAUGAAGGUAAUCUCAUUCCAAUUAUCCAGGCUGCCAUUCUGGGCUCAAUCCUCACCAAUCUGCUACUUUGCUUGGGUUUGUGCUUCGUUGCCGCUGGUGUGCGAAAGCACACUCAGAACCAGAAAUUCCAUUCUGUUGUCUCAGAAGUCGGUAGCGGACUGCUCCUCGUCGCAGCAUUUGGCCUGUUGAUUCCAUCGGCAUUCUACUCCGCACUGAAGUCCGAGACCGUGUCGGCACUUCACGAACAUUUCACACGGGAUACGCUUGAGAACGACAUUCUGCGAAUCAGCCAGUACACCUCCAUAAUCCUCAUCAUUGCCUACGGACUGUACCUGCUCUACAGUUGUACAUCGGCGCAUUCUAUCUUCGACGAGGUCAUCGAGCAAGACGAGCACGCGGACGAAGACCACCACGAGGAUAUGGCUAAGCCAAAACUCACUAUGACGGAGGCCCUUAUGGCGAUCGCAAUUGCCAUUGUGUUCGUUGUCAUCCUCCUGGUCAUUCUCGUCGCUCAGAUUGAGCCUGUGGUCGAGAGCGGCGUACCAGACCAGUUCCUUGGCUUGAUCCUGCUUCCAUUGGUUGAGAAGGCAGCUGAGCAUCUCACGUCUAUCGAUGAGGCUUGGGAUGGCGUCAUUAACGUGGCACUGUAUCACUGCAUCGGUCCCUCAAUCCAGACGGCGCUGUUCAACGCACCCCUGGUUGUGCUCGUCGGCUGGGCGCUCGGAAAGCCAAUGGAUCUCAACUUCGAAAUCUUCAUGAUCGUUCUCCUUGUGCUCUCUAUUCUCGUGGUCGGCAACUUUUUACGCGAUCAAGAGAGCAAUUGGCUCGAAGGGAGCUUGCUGGUGGUCGUCUAUGUCAUCAUCGCGAUUGCCUCGUACUACUAUCCAAAUCCGGAUGUUGCAACAAGCAAUGGUCUUGAGGGCGUCGUGAGCCAGAACAUUACGAUUCCUCUCGAGCUUUACAAGCAGUUGAUCGCACUGCCGGUGGCCCAUGGUGAGCUGUAAAUGUACCGACAAGCCUAGAGAAGAGUGAGAAGGCUCCAACGCACGAGAUAUUACGAUUAGAGCGAGCUACACACUGAUACUGCAACACUGCUGCUCUUACAGUCCUCCCA